CGCGGUAGGCGGGGAACUUUCUCACUCGACAUUAGAUUUUUGCGCAAAAGCAAUUUGUCAUUCAUUUCGGCCGUAUUAAUGGACAAGAAAAACCUGUGGCGCUCUAACUUGCAAGCGAGGAAGUGAAACUAAUGUCAUGCUUGACAACACCCUAAAAAUAGCUUAAGAUUGAUAUGAUCGGUUUACUUUUCCUUUGACGUGUGGUUGAUGAGUGUGUUCAUUUUGCCAUUGUGAAUAAUGAGAAUUAGCCCAUAUGCUCCUUAGUCGGCUAUUAGUUUCAAUAGCAGUCAAGUUAAGAUCCAUGAGAGAUAUCUCGCACCCAAAAUCUUCCCAACCAUAGCCUGGGCAUGCUACAUAACUACAUCGUAGAUCGUUUCCUCGAAGGAAAACUCCUGGAAUACAUCUUGGCCCGAAGAAGCAGUUUCGGUGACAACUGAAAGCUAAUUUGAGCAGAUAGACGAUAACACAGUUUACCCAACUGACACGAGUUAAAACAACCACUACCAGACGAGGUGGAAAACUUGCGCAGACGGAACGUGUCUUUUUUAAGUAUGAAUUUCACGGGAAACUUAACCACUUCUACAAGUGUAACACCGCGAUUACCUUCCCAAGCCAGCACCAUUGCUUCGGCGACAUUUAACACGAUUGUCAUGGUGCUAACCAUACUUGGAAACUCUCUGGUUUGCCUCAGUAUUUAUUACUUCCCUCGUCUUCGCAGGCCCACCAAUUUCUUAAUUGUGUCUCUGGCGGUAAGCGACCUGCUUGUGGGAUCUUUGUCGCUCCCAUUCAGAAUCGCUCAGACGAUAAACCAGGAGCAUUGGCCAGAAAUUCUGGGUCUCGCUGGCUGCCAGUACUGGAUUUGGAUCGACAUGGUAUGCUGUGGUGCCUCUAUACUGAAUCUGACAGGUAUCAGCUUUGAUCGACUCCUUGCUGUAAAAUGGCCGCUAACUUACCACGAGAACAUGACCACUAAGCGAGCUACUUUGAUUAUUAUACUUGUCUGGGUCUUCGCAUUGAUUGUUGCCUGUUUGUCGUUCGUUAAGUGGGGUGGAACUGAAACUAUUAUCGUAGAACCCCAAUGCUCCAUAAAAGCUAAGAUUUAUAUCACCAUAUUGGCCGUGGCUGCGUUCUUCUUCCCGUUAACCGUUCUUGUUUUCAACUACGUUCUGGUUCUAAAUAUCGCCAUUCAACACGCGAGGCAGGUACAGAAAGAUAGGGACGCUAUCGCCGUGAACUUUUUGUCUGAUCAAGACGCCAACGAAGAGACCAGUGGAAUCGUCAGCUCACCCGCGUCCAGCAGCAGAGGAAUAUCAAUAGGGAAGCGGAGUAAUGAACCGCUAACUGACUCAAAACCGCGACGCUCGUCAGGACUUCAGAUCAUGAAGCAACUCAAGGCCACCAAAACGUUGGCAAUCGUUGUGGGGGUCUUUAUUCUCUCAUGGUUUCCUUUUUUCGUGAUUUUCAUCACUUGGCAGUAUUGUCAAGAUUGUUUCUCAAGAUUACCACAAAAACACGUCACCGCUUUAGUCAUAGUGUUUGUGAACGUUCUACCAGUGAGCAAUUCCGCAGCAAACCCCAUUAUUUACACGUGCUUUAACAAGGAGUUCCGUACUGCCUUCUUACGUGUUAUCUACAAGGUUUUACGCAAAUCAGGCAGUGAACUCAUGUCAAAGUCAAACGGCCAUACCGAUACAUAUAAUUCUUGCGCGUAACUCUUGAAGAGAUAUGAAUGCUAGUAGCUUUUAUUUGAAAUGACUUAACUUUGUAUUUACUGUAGUUACAAUGUAGUUGCGUCCAAAGAUAUGGUUUCCGUAAGAUUUCCUGGAUUGUAUGAAGCUCUCUUGAUUUCAAGACGAUUGUGAAAGUCCGGGCAUUUAGUCUAACCUUGCUCGGCCGCACAAACUUGAUUGAAGCGAGAGGAUUGUGGUCGUUUUUAUCGUGCAGGUCAUAUUAGAUCGUGUAGACUAGACCUGGUCCUAGUGGCUUGAGCAUUAUCUGGCGCAAUUAUCGCCAGCUGUACGAUUACAUGGAAACCAAGCUUAAGUGAAAUACCCGAAACCUUUCGAAAGUAUUCGUGUAGAAAAAAGAUCAUACCAAAAGAGAUACGUGUUAAUUAGCAGGAUCAAUGUUUUGCUUCGACGUUUUGACUGAGAAAUGGUUCUUACGACACAAAUCAAACAAUUAGGUCUUUACAAGUACAAAAGAUCUCUAGAGAUUUCAAUCGUUUUAUUUUUACACACAAACCUCUUUCUAGUUUUGGCGCGCUGUUACAAGUGAAGUUUGUUGAACACUGUCAAUCAGAUCGUAUGACGAUACCAACUUGCUUACAUACUGAACAACUAAAUUAAAUAGAGUUCAAUUGAAUUUAUUUGAAAGUCGCGUCACAAUUAUUUGAGGGGCAUGGUUCGUUGAACGUUUCACAUCUUACUAGCACACGAAAGUCAGUCAUGGUUCGUUGAACGUUUCAUAUCUUACUAGCACACGAAAGAAAUUGGAAAACAGAAAUUUGGUCAACAACAGAAACUACUCUUGCGGAACUAUGGAGCACAGUCUACAUAAAAGGGGUCGCCGAAGGCGGGCACAUAUAACAUCACUGGGUUAUAAUGAAUUGAUUAGGCUACAAAAUCAAAGUCUUCUGGGUGAGCUUGAUAACAUAUCAAUCAAAGAGAAAUUAAUUAAAAUAAACAGUUUGAUCUCCAAAAUGUAUGGAAAGGACCACUAGAAGUCUAUCUUUCCGCAGGAAAUCGUUAGUUUCGAAAAUAUAACCGAUUGUGGACAGUCGCUCAAUCGGUUUAAAUUAAUACAUUUUUCGUUCUGUAAUAUAAAUCAUUGCUACUCGCCGCUUCAACAAACGGACUUAAGUCAACAUUCAACAGCUUUUUGUUUCAUAGUGUUUACCAGCAUCAAACAUAUAGAACGUUCAGAAAGACAAUAAAGGAAUAGGCAUGACAUCAGAACAAUUAACUAAGUGUAUUUUGUGAGUUUUUUUUUUGUUGUUGCCAAGUUAAAUGCUAGAAAUGAUAAGAUGGGACCACACGAUUCGCCUUGACCACAUGCACUAAUAAUGCGCUAAUGGGCCGGUCAAGCGACCGUGGUCUCUUCUUUAAUAAACAAUUAGCCUAAUGGAUCAUUUAAGGUGCCAAGGGGCGUUUGAAAGGAAAUGAAGGUUGCACCCACCAAGUGGUAUAAUGAUUGGUAUUUCUGAUUUAAGAAGCGUUCCAGGACAUUUAACUGUUAAAAAUGAUUUCAAGGCUUUUGGCUGUUUUCGCUAGUUUUAAUUUUAUACCUUUCACUCAAGCUUUUAAAUAGGUUCAUUGUUAUAACAUGUUAUUCUCAAUUGGUGCAGUCUAAUUAAAAAUAUAGGUUAAUUUG